AUGCAAAAGAUACGGCUUGGAAGUGGAUUUCCCAGCUUAAAAUUUGCGAAAAAAUCGAACAGAGCUGUUCCAGUAAAAGUUACGACUACAGAUGGUUACGGAAAUGCGUUCGUCUCAAACUCCACUAUUCCCACUUCUCCGUCGUCUCCAGAGUUCACAACUCUUUCAAGCGAGCAAUUACGGGACAUGUUUGAAAGCUUCAAUGUCGAUGUCGAAAUUGAGGGAGAAAAACAAACGCUACAGGUCGAAAGCGGUGUCGGAGACACGAUUGUGAAGGAAGAAUGGAGAGGAGAGCAUGUUUGUAAUGUCUUUUAUCCGGCAACUGGGGGCCCUUUCAAGGUCAUUAUUCAUACCAAUGGCGGGGUUUCGCUGAUGCAAGAUGCCAGAUCCCAAAUGCUUGCGAAUCUUGGCUACUUGGUCGUUGAAGUCGGCUACAAUCUGCCCCAAUAUGGCCAAGAACUCAUCUUUUUCCGAAAACAAAUCGAGUUGGAAUACUUUGAAGCCAUCAUCAAGCGAGCUUUGAAGCAUGAUAAGGCUUAUGGAGAUGAGGUUUGCUUCAUUGGACAUUCGAAGGGAGCUGAUUUGGCGCUGUUUACAUCUGUUUCUUGUCCGGAGCUGGUUAGUUUGACGAUUUGCAGCUCAGGCGGUUUCAAUGCACCCGUUUUUACCGAUUCGACUUAUGGAAACCGACGAUUUCCCAACGCAGGAAAUCACCCCGUAAAACUCCUCGACUUCGCCCACCAAUCCGACGAUGGCUUGAUGCGAUUAAGGGGACCCCACGGGCUCACUGGCGCAAUGAGUCUCGCCUACCACUACCAAGAUCACCCGCUGUACAUUGCUGAUAGUUUUGAAUCUGGAUACUACCUGAAUCCAAAAGCGCUCGAAAUUUCAAGAACUUAUCCUUUUCCCAACCCCCGAAAGAUGCUUUAUUUUAUGACUCUUGAUGAUCCGAUCGUCGCGCCGACGAGAGAAAUGAUGCUAGCGUUCAUGAAUGAGUUCACAGACCAUUUGCCAAGCGGAGUGGAAGUUGAACUGCUUGAAGCUGGUCAUUUAUACGUUCUUCCAGAUAUCCCAGUUUGCAACGAAGCAGUGAUGAAAUUUGGCGACAUCAAACUCCUGCUCGACUGGUCUUGGAAUACCUCAGACGAAGAUCGACUCAAAGAAGCUGCAGUUUACAGGCAUGUUUGGAAAAGAAUUCAACAAAUGCUUUCUGAUCACUUUUGA